AUUAAUUAAGGCCAUAUAAAGAGUUGAGUUGAAACCUUCAUCUCUACAAAGUACAAACCACUCUUUAAUUCGCAUUAAGGUUUAAUUUAUUCAUUUAUUCCCAACUCUUUCCCACACAACCAACCAAUUCCAAAAUGUUCACCAAAACUCUGUUGCAACACCAACGCCAGCUUGAGCCCAUUAAUGUAUCCCGCUUGAUCUUGCAUAAGUCGACGUUCUGUACAAGCCAGCAGCGUGAUAGGAGUAGGAGAACAUCGUCAUCACUUCUCUUCUUCAGGCCACCUGCAGGCUCAAGUCUCCACCAAAAGAGAAUACGUUGUGUUCGUUCUCUCCCUGGUAACAAUAUUGGAACAAUCACAAGAAGAUCAGAGGAGUCUGCAGGAACGUCGUCGUCGUCGUCUAGAUCUACUGUUAGUGUUAAGGCCAUAGUUACAGUGAAACUCUCCUUCGCUGGGUUCUUCUCCAAGCUUGGAUUGACCCAAGCUGUGGAUAUUAUAACGGAUAUGAUGGGUAAGACCCUUCUUUUGGAGCUCAUCAGUUUGGAGCUUGAUCCAAGGACGGGAUUAGAGAAGAAUACAAUGAAGGGAUAUGCACGUUGGGUUGGGCAAGAGGGGGAUGAGAUGAAGUACGAGAGCAGUUUCAUCAUGGAGCCUGGGUUCGGUGAGAUUGGUGCAGUUGUGGUGGAAAAUCAGCACCAUAAUGAGAUGUUUGUCAAGAACAUAACCCUCCUCCUCAUCAAUGGCUCUCCUGAUUAUACACCAUCUUAUAACAUCACCUGUAACUCCUGGGUUCAUAGCAAGUACGACAACCCAGAAAAGAGGAUCUUCUUCACUAUCAAGUGCUAUUUGCCUUGGGAGACGCCGCAUGGUCUGAAGAGGCUGAGGGAGAAAGAGCUGGAGAACCUGCGUGGCAAUGAAGAAGGAGAUCCAGACAAAAAGGAUGAACUGGCACGACCUGUCUUAGGUGGCAAGAAGUUCCCUUAUCCUAGGCGCUGUAGGGCAGGGCGUCAGAGAUGCAAGACAGACCGUAGUCGACUGUUGGACUGUUCAACUUGAGAAUUGACCCAAAUUCAGAGAAAAGGAGCAAUAGCAUGUAUGUACCAAGGGAUGAAGCAUUUCCCGAAAUGAGGAUGUUUAGUUUCUCUAUUAAGAACAUGAGAUCGAUAUUUCAGGCUCUGCUACCCCAUGUUAAUAUUGACGCCAACCUUGGCUUUCCCUACUUCAUAGCCAUAGCUAGUAAUUCUCUCUCUCUUUCAUCAUUCAUUAUUUAUUAACUGCGUAUGUAUAAUUCCUUCA